GCUUCGCUUCCAUCUGUAGCCAUCAUCAUGAGGUAUACCAGAUCUAUACCUAUUUUGAUUAAUUAGUCGAGAUAGUGGGAAAUAAUACCGAAAGAGAAAAAACUUCUCCCAUAUCGACAAGUUUCGAUGUUAAGCACCCAUAACAUUCGCGACAGGCUAGCUAGCCUCCCAGACAGCCGCAUCUGCGCUCUAAGAUGGCAAUCUAUCCUUCGCUAUGCUGCUGUCGCCUUUAUCGUCUCUAUAACCUUGUCCGGUAUCUUCUUGUUCCGCCGUCCUGAGGGCUUUCUCCGUAAUACUGGAUCCCAUUACUUCGAAUACUUUUGGAAUCGCACAGCGAACCAUCCCAUUGAUCAACUUAUCAGCGAUGCGCAUAAUUUCCACGAGAACUUGCUGAAGCAGCGAAGCUUCGACCUUCCCACAGCUGCAGCCCGCUAUCGCGAGCGGCGAGGGCGACAUCCUCCUCCGGGGUUUGAUGCCUGGUUCAAGUAUGCGACAGAACACGAGGCGAUCAUUGUCGAGUCUUUCUUCGAUAGGAUAUAUGCUGACAUUGCGCCAUUCUGGGGCCUCGAUCCCCGGACCACUGCCGAACGAGCCGCGUCGUGGGAUUAUGUCGUACGCGUCCGCGAAGGCGUCGCCAGCGGUAUAGGCAACACACAAGGCAAGGUUCCUUGGCUGCAAUUAUGGACUGGCUUGGUGGCCGAGGCUGCGCCGUGGUUGCCGGACGUCGAUAUGCCUAUUAAUUAUAUGGACGAAUCUCGGCUGAUUGUUCCUUGGGAAGACGUGGCGAGUCUGAUGGAGAAAGAACAGGCAAGCCGCUCGGCAAAGCCUCUCGGCGAAGUGGUGACGAAAUAUAGCGGCCUUGCUAAGGUCGAUGCUAAAGCCAACGAUGCUUCACCUUAUACUCCGAAUUGGCUUGGAGGAAGUUACUGGGACCUCACACGAGUGGCUUGCGCUCCCGAUUCUCCAUCACGUAAUGUGACACCAAUUCAAAAUUUGGAGGAGCCGCCUGUGUUCCCAGAAGACUGGGAACCUGAGUACUCGUACAAAGGAUAUGUCCGUAACUUUACGGCCGCCACGGAUCCCUGCGUCCAGCCCCACCUCCGUGGCAUGCACGGCACAUUUGUUGAGCCCCUGACGAUGUCAACGAGUAAAGAGCUUAUCCCAUUGUUCGGUGGAUGCAAGCUACCUGUAAAUAACGAGAUACUUAUCCCUGGAGCUAUGUACUUGACAAACGACCCCCUCUAUUCCGGCGGGGAUACUCACGGGCCGUCUUGGAGGAAGAAGACUAACGGCGUCGUAUGGCGGGGUGUCGCAUCUGGGGGUCGAAAUAAAAAAGAGAACUGGUUUCAUUUCCAGCGGCAUCGGCUUAUAGAAAUGCUAAACGGAACAACCGUGUCGGGAAUAGAGGAGCGCAGUUCCCGCGCCAUGACGUUUGAGAUGCCACCAAUGCAGAAGUACGACUUCCCGCGACGGCGCGAGGGAACCGUUGGCACUUGGUUGCAAGAGUUUUCUAACGCUGGUUUUGUAAAUCUCCUCUGCUUUCCAGAGGAUUCCAACUGCACUUAUGUCCAGCCUUACUUCUCUGAAGUACAGAGCAUUCCCAUGAAGGAGCAAUAUAAGUAUAAGUUCAUGCCCGAUGUCGACGGGAACAGUUUCAGUGCGAGAUUUAGAGGUUUUCUGCUGUCAACAUCCCUGCCGCUCAAGGCUACCUUAUACGCAGAGUGGCAUGACGACCGUCUGGUUCCGUGGCUACAUUUUGCUCCUAUGGAUAACACCUUUCAGGAUCUAUACGCCAUCCUCGAUUAUUUUACUCGGGAUGGAAAAGGCGACGUGUCCGCGCGCUUUAUUUCUGAGGAAGGUAGGUCUUGGAGCUCAAAGGUGCUCAGGAGGGAAGACAUGUUGCUUUAUGUUUGGAGACUACUACUGGAAUUUGCACGCGUAUGUGACGAGAAACGGGAUAUGCUUGGAUACAUAGAAGAUUUGAGACCGGCGUAACGAGUAUAUAUAUAUAUAUGUGUGUGUGUGUAGACAUAGCUUGUGUAUAUUUAUGACGGCAAUCUUUUCUAAAGCGUAUAUUUGAAGGUGAGGCAAUCUAAGCUGGCUUUAGCAGGACGAAAGUCUUUCUCUAAACAGUCCAAACCAACCUAGAAAAGCAUAGCUACCUAUCUAGAGUCCCUAAAAUGUCAUAACUUAAUCUUCCGCUUUCUAACAAGGUUGCUAUCGUGGCCGGAGCAUCUAGGGGUAUCGGGAAAGGAAUCACAGUGGAGCUCGCGCGCCGAGGAGCAACAGUAUGAUCUUCUUAUAAGCAUCGUUCAUUUCUAUUGACUCGGGCUGUCCUACCCUAUGUGAAUACCUACCUAGCUACGGACGUAAUAUCAGCAUCGGUUCCGUCGCUUAAAGAGGUGGCUUCAAGAAAUUUGCCUCUACGGUUCCUCGAAGGCGGCACUAGAGGGGUUGACUCGGACAUGGGCCCACGAGUUAGAGGUAGUAAUGGAACAACGGCGAACUGCGUAAAUCCGGGGCCCUUCCAGAGCGACAUGCUAGACAAUAUCCCAAAAGAUCUCGUGGAACUCCAGAGGAUUCUGACGGCGGUUGAAAACAGAAUAGGAACAGCGUCUGAAGUUGCAAAUAUAGUUGCAAGCCUGACCGGCAAAGAUGGCGAUUGGAUUACAGGCCAAACAAUCUGCGCCUUUGGAGUAAGUUGAUUUACUA